AUGGGCGAGGAGUUGCCAGCCUGGGUGCUGCCCUGCAUCGGCUCCUACCUGCGCACAGGGCAUUUGGUGAAUUGGUGGAUCUACCCAGAGGAGAGGCAGAAAGAUGUGGAGAAGCUAAAAGCAGGGGCCUUGGCUUCGCCGAGCCUGCGCCUGCGCGACGCCAAUGAGGUGCUGCCCCUCGCGGCGGCGCAGCGCUUCUUCUUCCGAGGCGACGCAGCGGGCCGGUGGCAAGGUUGGGCUCCCUUCAGUGACUGGUUCCGCUUUGAGGUGCUGUCGCGCUUUGGGGGUUGGUGGGUCGACGCAGACUCCGUGAGUUUGCGGAGCCUCCGCGGCCUGCAGGGCGACGCACUGCUCUGCGCCACGGAGCGGCACCGCCGGGACCGGCGCACCCUGGGUGCCGCGAAGCUGCAGGGCCGGACGUGGCAAAUGGCCCCCGUACGCCUCAAAGACUUCCACCGCUGGGUGGAGGAGGCACAGGGGGAGCUGUGCCUCGUGACCAACAACGUGCUCUUCGUGCCUCAAGUGGCGCGGCCCACGAUGCGAGAAAUGGCCCAGGAGAUGAGGGAGGCACUGGAAGGCUACGCCGCGCAGCGCGGCAGGCGGCUCUCGGGGCUGGAGGGCAUGCGGGUGCUGCAGCGCCAGGUGCGGCGGCUCAAAGCGAGCGCGGAGUCCAAAGGCGGAGCUGCGGUGGAGCUGCUGCACUGGAGCCUCUUCAACCCGGUGGAGGCCACGGAGGCCCGGCGAAUGUACCAGGUGCUGCAGGGCCAAGAACCUGUGGAGGCCUUCGCGGUGCAUUUCUUCCGGAAGGCCGAAAUGGUCAUCAAGGUGCGGCUCCUGGCGUCAGAGGGGCCCCCCGUCCCGAAGUCCAACCGAAUUGGUCGGGAGCGCCUGUGGCACCUGCUGCUGGGGAUGCUAUCCAAUUUCUCCGGGCUCCGGCAAGCUUAG